AUGGACGAGACGGCGGCGCGCGUCGAACCGCCGAACCUCGCGCAGCUUGCCGCGCGCAACUCCAAUGCCGUGCGCCGGCGGGCAGCGCAGAAGGCCGCCGCCAAGCCCAACUCGACGCGCGCCGCCGGCGCCGGCGGCAGCAGCAACACCAUGAUGCGCCUCUACACCGACGACUCGCGCGGCCUCAGUGUCGACCCCGUCGUCGUGCUCGUGCUCUCCAUCAGCUUCGUCUUCUCCGUCGUGCUGCUGCACGUCGGCUCGAAGCUGGCGCGCUUCUUCAUCAAGUAA